CGGAUGUCAUUUCUCAUUGAAGAGGAAGAGGCUUCGUUAAAAAAAUAAAUCAGUUAUAUUUAACUGGCAGCAUAACAUAUAAACAAAAAGAAGAAUGAUAAAGGCCAUUCUCAUUUUUAACAAUCAUGGGAAACCCAGGCUCAUCAGAUUCUACCAAUAUUUUGCAGAGGACAUGCAGCAACAGAUCAUCAGGGAGACUUUUCAUCUGGUGUCCAAAAGAGAUGAUAAUGUCUGCAAUUUUCUGGAGGGUGGAAGUUUGAUUGGAGGCUCAGACUACAAGCUGAUCUACAGACACUACGCCACACUGUAUUUUGUAUUUUGUGUGGACUCAUCAGAGAGUGAGCUGGGGAUUUUAGAUCUCAUACAGGUCUUUGUAGAAACCCUGGACAAAUGCUUUGAAAAUGUUUGUGAGCUGGACUUAAUCUUUCACAUGGAUAAGGUCCAUUACAUUCUCCAGGAAGUUGUCAUGGGAGGGAUGGUGCUGGAAACGAAUAUGAAUGAAAUAGUCGCACAGGUGGAGCUGCAAAACAAAAUGGAGAAAUCAGAGGGUGGAUUGUCUGCAGCACCAGCACGAGCCGUUUCGGCGGUGAAAAACAUGAACCUUCCCGAAAUACCCCGUAACAUCAAUAUCGGGGACAUCAAUAUAAAAGUGCCCAGUCUUUCCCCCUUUUAAGGCUUAAUGUUACUGAUCAUUGUGUUCUGUGUUGUUAUUGGUGGACCCCAACAUUCAUUGUUAUAGAUAUUGUCUCCCUAAUGCCAUUUUUGGGCUCACGACUGACAAGACAAUGUUGAUCCAGGGUCAACAGGUUCCCUUUAUUGCAGUUAAGCACACUAAAGGGUUCAAUUUAUUAAUUUCAAACUUUAGUUUACAGACAAAAAAGUUGUUUGAUUGUUUUGUAUUUUGUCUGUGAUGUAGCAACAUUCCAUAAUACUGAUUUAUGUGUUAGGAUUCAUGUCAAUAGUCCAACCACUGUUACUGUAAAUGUUUGCAAUAAUUAUUUAUACUGCAUGUUAAAUCCAUUAAAACAGUGUUUUUGUCAA